AGGCAUCACUGAUGGGCACUGAAAGGCAGCACUGAUAUAUGGCACUGACUGGCACUGAUAGGUGGCACUGACUGGCACUGAUGGGUGACACUGAAGGGCAGCUCAGAUGGGCACUGAUAUGUGGCAUUGAUGUGCACUGGUAGGCACUGAUAUGUGGCAUUGAUGUGGCACUGAUGGGCACUGGCACGUGGCACUUCUGGGGCCACACUGAUCAUCAGGGCACACUGAUCAUCAGUGCCCUGAUGACCACUGUCGGCGUGACAGUUCGAGAGGAGAGAAAUGCCGAUAACCGGCAU